AUGGUUUUGAAACUGGGAUUGCCAGAGGAGAUUGCACCCGAUGCAAUUCCAUCGAAUUACAAAUCUAACCCAUUGGAUAAGCUCAAGUCUGUUGACACAGUGAUUGCUUUGUAUGAUUUUUCGGGGACCAAUUCUUCUCACUUAUCAUUGACUUUAGGUGACACCAUACAUGUAUUGGCCAAAUCUGCAUCUGGAUGGUGGGAUGGUGUCAUUAUUGAAAACACGGGUCGGCUUUAUAGGGGCUGGUUCCCUCACAGCUAUGUACGCUCUGUCAAUUAUGUGCAACCCGUUUUAAAGAAACUAAAGGAUAACAAGGAGUUAGACUCCUUGACAGCAGCAAACACCGCCGCCAAUGUGCUCAUCCCAUCAUUUACAAAUCUAUUGCAACGUAGUCUCCAGGACGGCGAAAAAUCGACUCCACUGAACACUAGUAGGAAGAAUUCAGUUGUCAGUUUUGCAAGUUCAGAAACGAGCCAGCCACCAGAAUCGACAAAUGCAAUAACGACAUCAAAGAAACCAAAGCAACCUUCUUCAAGCGAAACGGAACCAUCUAUGAAAAGCCUGGAAAAUUUGGAUCUGUUGGCUGUGCCUGGGUAUGAUUCUAGACUUUCUAACCAUAAAUACUCUCAAUCACUAAGUCUUCCAGAGCCACCACCAACCCGCCAUUAUUCGAGUUUGAAUUCUGAGCAAGAACUCCAGUUCGAGAAAGACUCAAUGGAUGGUGAACCAAGAGCAACUGAACUUGCUCGAGUUAGUGAUUAUGCCAGUAGUGCCAGUGGAAACGGUAUUGAUGGUAGUGGUGGAGACAACGGUGGUAGCAGUAAUAGUGAGGUGAAUUUUACCGAUGUCGAGGAAGCAGGUUUACUAGCCGAGGAAUAUCGACGAAAAACUGGUAAAACGGUUACAUGGAUCCCGAGGUACACCACCAAAGGUGACCUUCUGUUCUAUUGCGACGAGUUAAAUGUCUUUUGUGAAUCCACACCAACAGUUUCGUUCGAUCCAGAUUUCUGCCCACUCAAGUUGUCCUUUCCAAAAGUGAAUAUCAUUACCGAUAGUACAAUAUACCAGCUCAGCGGUGUUCAAACCUCAGAGAAUGUUCUUGGACAACGAGAAGGCUCUUCAAAUGCAUCAUUUGAAUCUAUGAAAAGAGGAUCACAGUCGUCUGUGAGCUCUCAAAGCAGCGUUUCGUCUUAUCAUCAGUUUAGUCGACCAUUUUUUGCUAUGAAAAACUUGUUUUAUAAUCAUGCUUCCGACAUUGCUCAGUGGACUAGUUUGCAGGAACAAUUAAACUACAUUCUCGAUUUGAUAAACAAAUCCUUUGAAAUUGCGAACCGACAAUGGUACGAUACUCACAUGUCGAGGUUGAACAAGUUGUUGGUGGUGCUAUGCGCAGCAGCAAGACUAGAUCAAGCAGAUUAUGUCAAUCAUAAACAUGAGAAGAUUAUCAGACGGAAACUAGUCAAAGUCUGUGACUCUUUUUCGCAAAUACAAAUGAACGGUUCACUUUUAUUUAGUGGCCACCAUCGCCAUAAUAUUCACCACCACGACAACAACAAUGACACUAACGACUACGACUACGACGACAACGGCAUGCAGAAGAAGGACAAUAUGGAGAAAGAAAAACAAAUUAGGCCGAAUGGUAUGGACCCACAGGAGCUACUGAAGAGUACCGAGCAAUUACAAACAAAAUUUAAAAUUAGAGCUUUACGUGCAAUAGAAACUUUGAGGAGUAAUGCUGAGGCGAUGAUACAAGUGUUUUUAAAAAUUACAUCGGGAAAAAUGGUUAAGGUACAAGAUUAUGACUCUUCCGAUGUUUCAGACGACGAGGGUCAAGAAAGAUCAAACAUUCUUCCGCAGAUAUUUCCUAGAUUUCUUUCUGAUGAGUUUAAUGGAGGGAACUGGUGCAAUCCAUUUUUUAGUUCAAAAAAUACUUUUCUAAACGCUAGUGGAGACGACCUCAAAAAUCGACACCAUUCGAAAGUAGUGAUUGAUCACCAGGUUUACGAAACAAUAUACCAGUGCCUGGAGGAAAUUAUUCUUUUGGCCAACGAAGCUAUUAAGAUUCUCUCUUUUGAUUACCAAGCAGAAGUUCCAGAUAAUGCAGGCGAAGAAAUGAGCACGCAAGUAUUACGAUUGAUGUAUAGAUUUCUUCAUCAUGCCAGUUCCAUGAUUGAUGUGAUGGAGUCAUUCGACUUUACUGUAUUUUGCUUAGUGCGGAAUAAUGGCUCCGAUUCUGAUGCUACUGUGGCAACCGCUGCAACUGCCGCAACUGCCGCAACUGCUAGUGGAGUAGGAAAUGAAGGUGACGUUUUGCAAAUGACUGAUACUUUGCAAAAUAUAAGGAUACAAGAAUCCGACGAUUUCAAUAACAAUUUCACAUUUGACCACCCAACUGUUCUUGAGUUUUUCCAAUUGAAACAACAAUUUCAUGACAAUAUUCUGAAAAUUGUUAUGGCCACGCAGUUUUUAACAAUUGAAGGCUCAAGGUUCUUUGAAUGCAAGAAAGACAAUAAAACUUUGUUUUACGAUAAAGAUAUCAUGAAAAAUUAUAUCGAGAAAACAGCCAUGCUUUUGACAAAUGUCCUUCUUGAGACCUCGAAUACAUCUGAGCUGGGUGUAUUAUCUGAGUGUUUGAACGAGGCGAUUAGAUAUUGUCAAACGGCAGAAGAGUUGACUCUGAAACUUAUUGAUGAGCGAGAAACCAUCAUAAACUAUGCAUCGAGAGUGAUGCAAGAUAAUUUUGAUGUUCAGUUAUUGUUAUUGGAGCGGAACCACACCGCUCAAAUGGAGAAGACGGAAGACCAUUCCUACUAUAGCGGAGCCCAGAAAAUGACAGAGGAACUACCAUGGUAUUUGGAAGGGGAUGAAGAACAGGAUCUUUUACUCGAUGCAAAGGGAAACAUUAAAGGAGGUACUAAGGAGGCUUUAAUUUGUCACUUGACACACCACGAUUUGUUUGAUAGUAAUUUCAAUGCCAAUUUCUUGUUAACUUUUUCUACGAUGAUGUCAUUGGGGGAGUUGAUCAUGCUUCUUAUAGUGCGGUUUGACGUUGGGCCUCCCGAAGGUUUAAGCUUCGAAGAGUACAACACUUGGAUAUCACGAAAGCAAAGCCCGAUUCGCUUGAGAGUUAUGAACAUUAUGAAAUUGCUUGUCGAGAAAAACUGGUCACCUUCAUACUAUAACGAGUCUAUUUUGAAAAGGUGGUUAGCGUUUGCCGAGAGUGCUGCAGUGCAAUCCUAUUCCAUUGGUAGGUUAUUAGCAGCCGACUUGCGUAGGUUGCUUGCCGGAGAAAUGCAGUAUACUGAACGGAAGCCAGUAAUCCCCAAUACCAAACCACCUGCUCCUCUAACGAAAGGUUCACUGAUCACCAAAAAGACAAAGCUUAUGGAUAUUGAUUAUGUGGAGCUAGCACGUCAAUUAACUUUACGAGAGUUUCGCAUCUAUUGCCAAAUUUCAAAGUAUGCCUGCCUUGCAAAAGUCUGGGGUAAGAAAUCUGGUCUCACAGAGAGUACCGAAACCAUUACAAAUUUCAUCAAGGCUUCCAAUCAAUUGACAAAUUUUGUUGCGUAUAUGAUAUUGCGGAAAGCCGAGCCAAAAAAGAGAAUACAAACCAUUCGUUAUUUUAUACAGGUUGCAGAGAAAUGUCGCCAAUACAACAAUUUUUCGUCGAUGACUGCAAUUAUAUCGGCACUUUACUCGUCGCCAAUCCAUAGAUUGCACAAGACAUGGAGUUUCGCUAGUCCAGAAUCAUUGGCUCACUUGAAAAACAUGAACAAGCUAAUGAAUUCAACCAGGAAUUUCAAUGAGUAUCGUGACGUAUUAAAGUUUAUUGGUUCUGAGCCAUGUGUUCCGUUUUUUGGAGUCUACUUGUCGGACUUGACAUUUGUAUACCAUGGUAACCCUGACUUUUUGCUCAACAGAACUCGAAUGAUCAACUUUGCCAAAAGAGCAAAAACUUCAGAAAUUGUGUCAGGGAUUGAUAGAUUCAAGAAUGCUGGCUACAACUUUCUUGAGGUUUUUGAGAUCCAGCGAUUUUUAGAUCUGUGGUUCGCGCAAUGUCCAUCUAUUGACGAGCAAUAUCAAAUAUCAUUGCAAUUGGAACCUCGAGAGCAGAACUCGAACUCAAACUUGAGCUCGAACUCUACAACAACCGCUUUCAAGAACUUGAGGGCUUCCUAA